UUCAAUUUUAUCAUUUAAUGCUUGAAUUCUUUUUUUCAUUGAUACCAUUAUUGGGCCAAUCAACCUAUUCUCAUCGAUAUAUAUCAUUGAUAAAAAAAAACUAAUUUUCGGUUGAAUCGAAAAUUUUUUCCGAUUAAUAUAUUUUAUCUGGUUUCCUUGCCUGGUCUUCUGAUUGACCAAUCUUCAAAUAAACUGCUACUGCGUUGUUUUAAAGUCCAUUAAUUUAGUUUCUUUUAUCGCCUGCUAUCUAUUUUGAAUUAUUAUUUUUAUUUUUUUAUACAUCCUACUGCUGUUUAUCGAUGAUUCUACAACACGAAUUUUUUGGUUUCACGAAUAAUAAAUGACAACAACAUGAAUCCGUUUAUGACUGACAAUGAUUAUAAUGAUCAUCAUCGAAUGAGUAAUAUUGCUGAUGUGGAUGAAUUUAUUGGUAAUAAUUCUGACGAUCCAUUCUCAUCGUCUUCAUCAUAUCCAAAUUUUAAUUUAUUUGAUUUGACAACAACAUUGACGGCUUUAUUUUAUGGGUCGGCAUUUGUAUUGGGCACAAUAGGCAAUGGACUUAUCAUUUAUAUUGUUGCGCAUUAUCCUCGAAUGCGUACAUUAUCCAAUGUAUUUUUGGCAUCAUUAGCCACUGCAGAUCUAUUAUUGGUUUGUGUUUGCAUUCCAAUCAAGUUUAUUCAACUCAUAACCUAUACAUGGACAUUCGGUCUAUUCAUGUGUAAAGCCAUCCAUUAUGUUCAAUCAUUGAGCGCCUAUUGUUCAGUGCUUACAUUGACCAUAAUCAGUGUGGAACGAUACUAUGCCAUCAUACAUCCUGUAAAAUGUCGAGCUACAUUUUCCAUGCGACAUAUUCGUAAGAUGAUCUGUCUUACAUGGCUUUUAUCGGCCAUAUUAGCAUCUCCAUCCGUGGGCGUCUAUAUGUUGGUUCGAAUUGGUGAUGAAUAUGAUUCUGAUCAUUUCUGGUGUGUACGUAUUGCUUCGGAUUGGGCGGCUGAUGAAUCGGAUAUGAAUCAAAAAUGGCAUGAAGCACGGAUUGUUUAUGAAGUAUAUCAGAUCUGUACCAUAUUGAUUCUACCGACAUUGGUCAUGAUAUUUACUUAUACCAGAAUUUGUACACAUUUAUGGAUCGUUUUUCAUCGUCGCACAGCAAUGAGAUUUGGACAUGCUUGUUAUUUUAUGUCAGACAAUAAUGGCCAUUCGAAUUGUCCAGAGACUACUUCUACAGCGGCUACUGUUUGUUUAUCAUCGAGAUCAUCGUUUCCCAGUAAUAUGACUGCAUUCACAGCAUCAUUGUCAUCGGAUUCGACAACAUCGACUGCGGCAGCAGCUCAUUACCUCAAUCGAAACAGUACAAAAUCAGUCGAUACUGGUGAGCCGGGAAAUGGUAAUAUAUUUCCGCCACCAACACCUACAUCGGUUGCAUCAUCAAUACAAUCACAUUAUAAUAUAUCCAUACCAUCAUCAACACAAUCACUAAGAAAUUCACGACAUUCAUAUUGUCAACAAUGUUCACAUCACUUUAAAACCAGUGAUGAAGACAAUCAAACAGUCAAACAGGUAAUCAAGAUGUUAGUCGCCGUUGUGGUUCUAUUCGUACUUUGUUGGGCACCAACAUUAGUUAUCGGGUUACUUCGUGCAUUCAACAUGAUUGCUGAAACUAAUGAAGGAAUUCUGAAAGAAAUUAUUACCGUUACAUUUCUAUUAUCAUAUCUAAAUUCUGUAAUCAAUCCAAUAAUCUAUGGUUUUAUGUCUAAAAAUUUUCGCCUUUAUUUUCGAUUAAUAUUCAUGCAAUUCUGGUCAUUGCUCACCACUGGUCAUUGUAUCGAUCAUCAUCAUCAUCACCAUAGGCAUCGGUAUCACAAUAAUCAACAUAAUCGCAAUAAUAAUAAUCAUCAUCGUGUUGUAAAUACGAAAACUUAUCGUAUGAAUAUACAAACUACCGAAAUACAAAUGGAUCAUACUGAUGAAUCAAAAACGGAUCGACAGCGAAAACGUCAAUCAUGGGAAUUCAGUCCUUCAACCAGCAUGCAGACUAAAUCAUCAUCAUUGGCAAAUAAACAUCCUCUGUCGAAAACAAUUCGAAUGAAAGAAUUUUCGCGAGAUUCAUCCACAAUGAUCGGUCAGGAACCAUCAGCAACAGUAGUUGAUCACAAUCCAAUAGUCAAUGCUCAUUUACCGUUGAAAUAA